UGUGGUUACCAGUGACAUUUCUGCCCCGUGCUCGACGAAUUUCCCCGAAGGCGAGAGAGCGGCCCGACGGGCCUCUCCGUGUGUAGUGCUUCGAACAGCGAUUCUUUGCGGUAUCUUCUCCUGGAGUUCCAAAGCAGACGCGGCGCCGCCCGUCUCGUUUUAUACCGUCGCGCGGAGACGCAAAGAAAAACGACUGGCGCUUACGCAAGCAUGAAUUUCAUUCCCGCCGGCGCCAAUCAGUGCGCAGCACGCUGCGCAGCAUGGCGGAGAACGGAUUCGCGACGUGGGUGUUCGGCAUCGGCAUCGGCAUCGGCAUCGGCAUCGGCAUCGGCAUCGGCAUCGGCAUCGGCAUCGGCAUCGGCAUCGGCAUCGGCAUCGGCAUCGGCAUCGGCAUCGGCAUCGGCAUCGGCAUCGGCAUCGGCAUCGGCAUCGGCAUCGGCAUCGGCAUCGGCAUCGGCAUCGGCAUCGGCAUCGACAUCGGCGGAUUUCAAAACGAAGUGCCGCCGUUGCUAUUCGCGCAUGUCCAUUCCCGCUCCCCGAAGCUUUCCCUGAGCGCUGUCGCAGGCACCCUCACGCUCGCUUGGACACGCCCUCCUGGAUGCCAAACCCGCUGCCCAUGCGCUGUCCGCAGAUCUGGACAAAGAGCGCCGCCAAGUUGUUUCCGUAGGCCUGAUUGUAGUUGUGGACCCAAUGCUCCAUGUAGUUGAUGGUGUGCGGAUGAUAGGUCAAGAAGUGGAACUGCCUCAGCAUCACAUGGAUGCACUCGCUGCAGAUGGCCGCGCUUGGAGGCCGAUGCGACCCGUCCUGGAUAUCGAUGCCGGCAGUGUCUCGGACGGCACGAACAAACUGGACCACGCAGAGCUGUGCCGUGUCCG